GUCAAAAAUCUAUUUGCUUAAAGAUUGACGUAGUAUAGGCGUAUAGCAGAUAUAACGAUGUUUAUCUGCUAUACUACGCCAAUCUUUAAUGGACGAGUAGUUUAUUAAUAAUUUUCAUACGUAAAACGAACCAUCGCUCAAGAUUAGGAUUGGUGCCACUACAUAAAACGUAACUCCAUCAACUGCUGACAGACUCAAAUAGGUAGAUGGUCUAAGUGAGUGAUUAGCACCCCCAAAUAUUUGAUUAAUUAUAUGCAACAUUUUUAAAUAUUAGGUUCAUACCUACUACCUAGGUACUGAUGCUUAGAAAACACUAUUCUAUAUCAUUUUGAUGAACACGUUAAGUCGACGAUUCCUUUCUAAAAUACAAGAAAUGUAUAAACGAAAUUCUAUUGAUAACUGCCGGUUGUAUUAUUUAAAUAUUCUUGUUUUCCCAGUUAAUAAGAAAACUGAAAAGUACAAGAUUUUCUUUUUAUUGACUCAAAACAAAGAAUCUUAUACCGCAUACCCUCUAUAGUCUCUACAUGGCAGACGUAGGUAACAGCCCGUAACAGAUAUUUCGUCAUCAGCCUCCUGAUUUGGAUAAUACGUUAUUUAUUUAUCCUUUAAUAGUUGAAUAGUUGUAGCCGGAAAGAGAGGCCUAAUAUUUCAUUAUUUUCAGGCAACCAGCUCUUUUGCAAUCGAAUUGUUUUCUUUUCUCACACUACAACAGCCUGUCCGGCCGAGUGUAGCGCAUCUCCCGCAGGAACGCUGUGCUCUUAGCGCUCCGGCCUGAGGCCCGAUGUCCUGUUUUCGAGAUCAGUGUCGUGUAGUCGCAGUCGUUUCCGUCGUAUACGCCAUUACACAUUAAAUAUUAACUUACAUAAUUACAAAGCAAAAUCACACACGCUCACUCAAACAUUCAAUAUCGCAACUAUUAUAUAUUUAGAUACAAUAUUAGUAUACGUAACGGUACAGAUUCAAAGCCGUUACUAUAAUACAUUGUUGUUGAAUCUUCCUGAAGUUUUUGUGGAAACAGAAGAGUGCCAUAUUUAGAUACACUGCGCAAUGGAGUUCAACAACGUCACCAACGGUGAGGUGCUGAAAAUCGACAACACGCUUACGGCCAUGGGAUACGAGAACAACGUCGAUUUGAGAAGCAAAAUGGGAUGGAUGAUCGACGAGAUGGGCAAAGUAUCAGCAAUGGCACGAGAGUUAAGGGCGCCGAUCACCAGCGCAGAAAUGCUCAUCAAUUCCAAUCACGUCCUCUACAUGAUGAUCGAACACAAUACUUCAACGAAUUUUGUUGUUGUUGGAAUUUUAAAGAUGGGAUGGAAAAAAUUGUGUCUUUACAACAAAGCUGUAGGAUCAUGUAAAGAAACCAUGGUCUAUUGUUUGAUGGAUUUCUACGUCCAUGAAUCUAGACAGCAUAAGGGUUAUGGAAAAUAUCUGAUUGAUUAUAUGCUACAGGAUAUUCAUUUACGUGCAAAAAAUUUGGCUAUAGAAAAUCCCACUAAAAACCUAUUGGAGUUUAUGUGGAAACAUUUUCAAUUGUCCAAACUAGUGAACCAGGGAAACUAUUUCAUAGUCUAUGAGGAGUUUUUCGAUGAUGCAUUCGACGAAAGGAGCCACAAUUAUGGCGGAAAUGGAACAUUAACAUCACCGUGUACUUGUCAAUCAAUGUUAGGACGACCUGAAACUCAAAAACAUUACGAUACGACGGAAGAAAUUGUACAAGGCAAUCCUUCAUUUUCAGAGUUGAAUAAUUAUUACAACCCAGGGAUCAAUUUGUUAGUAUUGACGUGUGUGAAUUUUAUAUUUUUAUUUCAGUUUUUUUUUUCUAGUGUUGAAAGCCAAUUUAAAGCAACGAAUGUAUUUCAAAAUGCACAGCAGGAUAGAAAUCCAGUGAAACGAGAUCAGAUAUUCCACCAGACCUAACAUAUAUGCAGAACAUGCAAAAUGAUAACUCAAUGUAAUGAUUUAAGUAUAGUUAUAGUAUAGCCCGGCGGUUCCCAAUCUUUUUUAGUUUACACCACCCUAAAAAUUAAAAAUAUUAAUUGCUGCUCUCAUAAAGAAAUAACUAUUACGAAAAUCCUCGAAUCAAGUAUAUUAUCGUGUAACGUGACUUAAAGUAAAACUGACAUAGUGAAAUAUUUUUUUAGAAUAGUUAAGACGUUUUAACAAAAUUAUAGUUGAUUAAAAAAUAUCAAUAUUUACCACGCGACUCGCGCCUCCCCUGCCAAAAACUCACGCCUUCCAAGGGAGGUGAGGCUUCACAGUUAGGGAACCGCUGGUAUAGCCUAUAGGCAUAAUUUUUCUCUAUUAUUUUCUCUUAAUUAUUUUAAAAUAAUAUCAUUUAACGUUGUGCAAUUAUUAUCAUCUUGUUUUGAAGCUUAUAGUAUAGUAUUUAAAUAAUAUGGUACUAAUUUUUCAAACAGCAAAUUAUAUAUAUGUAUCUAUUUUGUCCUAUACUUCUAUUUACAAUUACGUUAUUAAACAAUAAAAUAUAAAUGCUGCAAUAUGUAUUGUUAUUGCUUAUUGGUACUGAUUUUACAUUUUAAUUUAUUUGUUUAAUUUAUUAAAUAUUUUUAAUAAUUAUUGAAAAAUUCAUUUGUCACAUUUAUAGGGCCAUUAUUAUAAUGUCCUGCUAAGGUUUACGCUAACGUGAUGGACACAUUUAGCGGCCGCUUAAUAUGUUAUAAUGUUAUAGGGAUUUGAGAGUACUGCCAUUAGUAACUAUUAUCAUAGAACAAUAUUACUAUUUUAGCCCAGAUUAAAUAAAUCCAGAUACUGCAUCCUCGAAAAUCGUGAAAAUGUUAACACAUUUUUAUACUUCUUGAAUCAUUGUAUCAAAGAAAGAAAAUUCAAUUCGGUUCGUUUCAACAAAUUGGUAAUAUUUCAAGCUUUCAUAAAACCUGUGAUUUUAGAGUGCCAGGGCGGUACCCAUUCCUCUAAAAGUGUACCUUUCCCAUUUCUACCGAUACGAUCGUUUCACUAGAUGAGAUUGACUACGUUUCCACCAAAACAAUAUCUGUGCUUACGGCCAGUAGCGGAUAGGUUUAUAUUUUUUUACCGGGAAGUAAUUUAAAUAAGGGCCCCCAAAAAUUAAGACGCGAGCGACAUUUUAUUUUGAUAUAACAAUACACUACAGAACUAUAUAAUAAGUAAUAUAGAUACGUAAGUUAAGGCUGUAAUACAGUAUAAGUAGGUACAAUGCCGUAAAUGGCUCCCCGAGGUAGACGAUUAUUAGAAGCUUUAAAGUGGUCAAAAUAUCAUUAAAAAACAUAAGAAGCAAACACGCUGCAGUGAUGGCAUCUGCUGCUGCAAAAUCUAUGCAGCCCCCAAAGUAUUUCCAUUAAAAUUGCAGCCCUAUAGUAAUAUAGUAUAUACUCUAUCAAGAAUAAACCAACAGCUAGUUAUAACUUAUAAUACAUAUUUUAUUAUAUAAUGCUAUAAGUGUGUUAAUGCAUAAUAAAUAAUAAUAAUACGUAUCACACAUAUAUAUUAUAUAUGUAUGCAGUAUAGAAUGCGUUUACGUAUAUAAUAUAUGUAUGGCUAUAUGAUAUUGUCUAUUAUUAAAAGCUAAAAUAGAUAAGUAAUUACUGUUAAUUGUACUGACAUAUUUCAUUAGUAAAUAUAACUCAUAAAUUGUAUUUUUAUUUUGUAAUUUUGAAAUGUUUUAAUCAAUGACAUGAUUUUGCCUUGCACAUACAGUUGCGGACGACAGCUAUCACGUUAAAAAAUCACUUCGUUGGGCAUAGGGCUACCAUCCAAUACAGCCAAUAUGUUCUGGGCGGUCAUCACAGCCAUCUCUUCCUCCAUCUCAGAGGUGGAUGUGCCGAUGUGUGGCAGGAGCA